CUUUUUUAUUAUUAUCAAUACCACUUUUUAUGAUAUGAGUUGUGCAUCAAACGUUUUUAAUUACGACGCACAGUAGUUAAUCACUUUUUCAUGAGUUUAACGACCACUCAAUUGCGUGUUUCGUUUCUUCUAUUAAAACAUGAUGAAUUAACUUCGGUUACGCAAUUUUUGAUGUGGAUUUAAUGGCCUAUUUUGUUUCAGAUUUGUUCCAAUAAUGUCUGCACAUAAAGACGAAAUCAUGCAACCAAAGACAUUACAAGAAGCUAUUAAUAUAAUCAAGUUUUUAAAAACAACACACAAAGAAGAAAUAAAUAAACUGAGAGAGUCAUGUCUAAAACAAGCAACUAUAAUAAAGAAGUUAGAAGAUAAUAGAAAAAAAGAGUUAGAAUUCCUAUCAGCUGAAAUACGAAAAUAUGAAGUGAGUUUAACUUUAAGAUCAGAUACAGUUAAGGAACAGUUAGCCCAAAAAGAUGAAAUCAUUCAAAAGCAAGCGGACACAAUAGAAGAGCUCGAGAAGAAGAUCAAACAGCAUAAUCAUGUCGUUCCAGAAAUUGUUAUCGAUUCAAAUUCUGAUUCUGGUGUUGCUAUGGAAAAUGAUGAGAAAACCUCUAAAUCGGAGGAGAUCAAAGUAGAAUUAAAAGCAACCCGAAAAUGCAGCAGAAGAUUUGCUGAUCCCAUUAGUUUUUUACGUAGAGUUGACUUCUCGCCAAUGAAAUAUAAGCCGAAUAGAGAAACCACAAAAAAGAAAGAAGAGAAGAAGAAUCAACUAGAAGUUCCAAACCCUAUGAAAAGAGUUUUCACACGUCAACUGAGUAACGAAAAGCCUUUAAGUGAUGAAGAUCACACAUUAGAUGAUUCAAUAUUUUCAGAUGGUGGUAUGGAACCUAUAGUAGUGAGGCCAAAGAAAUCAAAUGAUAGUAUGAGUAAUCACUUAACUGAUGAAGAAAGUGAAGACACGAGUGAAGAAAUAUUUGACAGAGUGAUGGCGAGAAGCAGUAUAAGAAGAUCUGUUAAAGCUAAUCCUAAAUACAAGAAGAUAAAUCGAUCUAAAUCAAAACUUCUCGAACAAGUCAAAGUAAAUAUAAUGGAUUGAAUUUUGAUCCUGUACAUUGUUGCAUUUAUGUAUAUUUUUGAAAUUGUAAAAAAAUCUUGUGUCAUUCGAUAAAAUAUACCAAAGUUUUUACAAUCUAAACGUUUUUGGAUUCUUCUUUUGCUAGACAUUCUCUAAGAUUCACCAUUUUUUAUUUAUAUAUAACACACAUAGCAUACGGGUUAUCAAGUAAAUGUCAAACACC